GGCAGCCUGGCGAGAGGCAGGAAGACUCCUGGCCCCGGCUCCCAACCACCCUUAAGGAGGAAUAAGGAUUGGAUGAAGUCAAGACCAAGACCGAGCCAACAUGGCAUCCAUGUUUCGGAGUGAGGAGAUGUGCCUGUCACAGCUGUUCCUGCAGGUGGAGGCUGCUUACUGUUGUAUAGCAGAGCUUGGAGAACUGGGAUUGGUUCAGUUUAAAGAUCUAAAUGCAAAUGUGAACAGCUUCCAGCGAAAAUUUGUGAAUGAAGUCCGAAGGUGUGAGUCUUUGGAGAGGAUCCUCCGUUUUCUAGAAGAUGAGAUGAGAGAGGAGAUUGUGAUCCAAAUGCCUGAGAAAUCCCCACAGACACCGCUGCCUAGGGAAAUGAUUGACCUCGAGAUUGUUCUGGAAAAGUUGGAGAGAGAACUGCAGGAAGCCAACCAGAACCAACAGGCUCUGAAGACCAGCUUCUUGCAACUGUCAGAACUCAAAUAUCUCCUGAAGAAAACUCAAGACUUCUUUGAGACUGAAACCAGCUUAAAUGAUGAUUUCUUUAGCGAAGACACCUCUGGCCUCCUGGAGCUAAGGAGCAUCCCUUCAGCAGUGGCUGGGAAGCUGGGGUUCACGGCUGGUGUCAUAAACAGGGAGAGGAUGGGUCCCUUUGAGCGCUUACUGUGGCGAGUUUGCCGAGGAAACAUCUAUAUGAAGUACACUGAGAUGGAUACCCUCCUUGAGGAUCCUGUCACAAAAGAAGAGCUGAAAAAGAACAUAUUCAUUGUAUUUUAUCAAGGAGACCAACUCGGAAAGAAAAUCAAGAAGAUCUGUGACGGGUUUAGAGCUUCUGUUUAUCCCUGCCCUGAAGUAGCUGCUGAGCGAAGAGACAUGCUGGCCAACGUCAAUGUGAGACUGGAGGAUUUAAAUACUGUCAUAACCCAAACAGAAUCACAUCGUCAGCGACUGCUACAGGAAGCUGCUGCCAACUGGUACUCGUGGAGCAUCAAAGUCCAGAAAAUGAAGGCCAUAUACCACAUUCUAAACUCCUGCAACAUUGAUGUCACCCAGCAGUGUGUCAUUGCUGAGAUCUGGUUCCCCGUGGCUGACACUGUGUCCAUCAAAAAGGCAUUACAGCAAGGAGUCGAAAGAAGUGGCUCACCCAUUGUUCCCAUCAUGACAGCAGUGGAAAUGAAAACAACUCCUCCUACCUUUAAUAGAACUAGUAAAUUCACUGCUAGCUUCCAGAAUAUCGUGGAUGCUUAUGGAGUAGGGAAUUACCGGGAGAUAAAUCCAACCCCCUACACCAUCAUUACUUUCCCCUUCCUGUUUGCUGUGAUGUUUGGAGACUGUGGCCAUGGAGCAAUCAUGCUGAUUUUGGCCCUUUGGAUGGUCAUGAAUGAAAAAAGUUUGCUUGCCCAGAAGAACAAUGGUGAGAUCUGGAAUACAUUCUUCAGUGGACGAUACUUGAUCCUGCUCAUGGGUCUCUUCUCCAUCUACACUGGCUUCAUAUACAAUGACUGUUUUUCCAAGGCUUUCAAUAUCUUUGGCUCAUCCUGGAGUGUCCGGUCCAUGUUUACAAAUGGCACAUGGACUGAUCACACGACGAGAACCAAUCUAUUUAUGCACCUGGACCCAGCUGUCCCUGGAGUAUUCUCUGGAAGUCCAUACCCAUUUGGGAUUGACCCGGUCUGGAAUUUUGCUUCAAACAAACUCACAUUUAUGAACUCCUAUAAAAUGAAGAUGUCUGUCAUUGUGGGGAUUAUCCAGAUGGUUUUUGGGGUUGUUCUUAGCCUUUUCAACCACAUAUACUUCAAGAAAACUUUAAAUAUCAUUCUACAAUUCAUUCCUGAGAUGAUCUUUAUCAUUUGUCUGUUUGGCUACCUCAUUUUCAUGAUCUUUUUUAAAUGGUGCCAGUAUGAUGUCUCCACAUCCAGGAGUGCUCCAAGCAUCCUCAUCCAUUUCAUCAACAUGUUCCUGUUCAAUUAUGAUGACCCAACCAAUAAGCCCCUGUAUGCGCAUCAGCAAGAAGUCCAGAGUGUCUUGGUUAUUCUCGCUUUGAUUUCUGUGCCAUGGAUGCUCCUGAUUAAGCCUUUUAUCCUUAGAGCCCAAUACAAGAAAUCUCAGGCACUUAUUACUAAUCAGGAUGCCACAACAGAAGUCCAGUUGGAUGGGUCCAGUCAUUCUAAGAGUGCUGGCAAGCAGAAUUCUGCUGGUGCCCAUGGGGAACAUGACGACCAUGAAGAUGAGUUCAAUUUUGGAGACAUCUUUGUUCACCAAGCUAUCCACACCAUUGAGUACUGCCUGGGUUGCAUUUCCAACACGGCAUCUUAUCUUCGGCUCUGGGCUCUCAGUCUGGCUCAUUCACAACUGUCGGAAGUGCUCUGGUCCAUGGUGAUGAGAAUUGGCUUACGCCAGAAGAGUUGGGGAGGACUCAUUGCAAUCUUCAUCAUUUUUGCUGCCUUUGCGGUUCUGACUGUAGCCAUCCUUUUGGUCAUGGAAGGUCUCUCAGCCUUCCUGCAUGCACUUCGACUUCACUGGGUGGAGUUCCAGAACAAAUUCUACAGUGGGUCCGGCUACAAGUUUACUCCCUUCUCUUUUAAACAAAUCCUGGAUGGGACAGUAGAGGAAUAGGUCUGAAAUGCUGAUGAGAGCUCCCCAACUUCCUGGAUCGAGUCUCUCUUUCAAUUAAACUAACAGUCUCUUUAAAAAUCAAUCCUGUGCAGUGAGCUCAAUGGAGUCAUUGUUCUGGACUAAUCUGACACAUAAAGCUCUGCUUUAUUUGGUUCUAAGCUUUAAGUCUGUUAGGAUUUAGCCCCACCUCAGAGAACAGAUUUCUCUUAUGGGCCAAAUGGAAGGGAAAGAAGGUCUUUGGACAUAAACUGAGGACCUGAAUCUACAGAACGGGGUGCUAGAAAAACAAGGAAAGGAAAGCUUGUUAAUAGAAUAUUUAGAACAGAAAUGGGGGUCUACAGGUCAUUAAAAUUGACACCAUCCUCUCAUGGCAGAAACUGAGAUCAAGGAAAGGGAAACUGACUUCCCUAGUGGCAAAGCCUAGGAUAAUAGAAAUGACAGAUUUUGAGUAGUUCCCAGGGCUCAGCCUAUUCUAUCUUCCAUCAUCUGUCAAGGAAGGACUUUUGGUUUAUUCUUUUCUGUUUAAUCUUAUAUUAAAGAGAAUAAACUGCCAUUGACUUGCUUGCUAUUUACUCUA